UUACCAUGUUUCAUAUGCUUGUAUUUUAUUCUCAGCCACUGCACUGAUUAAAUAAGAUGAUGCACACAAGCUGCAAAGCUAACUCAAAAACAAUUAACAAAACUAAGAAUAAAUAACGAACUAAAAUUCUUAUACAUUAAAAAACAACAAAUUAAUAAUAAACUAUAUGAAGUUCAUUUAAAAAAUGCUCAGUUCUGGAAUUCCAACUGGCAAAUAAUAGAAAACAACAUAAACACAACGCUAAAUGAAGAAAUGGAAGAACACUACGCCAAACUUAAAAGGAAAAUAAACAAACAAACUCCCAGUGAUACACAACCUCAAAAAAAGCAAACCUUCUACCCACGCACACACAACUUGACAAAUAUACAAUUCACAAAAAAUGAGGAGGACAUGUUAAACAAAGGUAUUAAAUACAAUAUAGAAAUACCGCCUAAGAUGUGCGUAAAACAAAUUGUUUACGAAACAGAAAAUGCAAUACGACAAAUAAAAGACAGUAAACAACAAGAAGCAAUCAGAUACUUAGCAACAAAAAACCUAAAACAAAUCUUAGCUAAUCAAAAAACAAAUAAUAGAAGAAAUAAGGAACAACUAUACACCACCAAACAAAUAAAACACAAACUAACACAAAAUAACGCAACUGUAGCUGAAGCAGACAAAGGAAGAACAUUAGUAAUUAUUUACGAAAAAGACAUAAAUAACAAAGUAAAACAAUUCAUCGAUAAUAAUAACAUUAUCGAACUAAAAACAAAUCCUACAUCGAGGUUCCAGAAAUUAGUGGAAAACACAUUAAAAACAUGUAAGAACGUAAUAAAACCAGAAACUAGAAAGUACACACACCAAAUGAACCCACAAGCCCCUAAAUUGAAUGCAAAAAUAAAAAUACAUAAACCAGAUGCACCAAUAAGGCCAAUAAUAAAUAAUACCAAUGCCCCCACACACAAACUAGCUAAACAUAUGCACCAACAACUACAAACUUUAUUAAACUUAAAAUAUGAAUAUAACAUCACUAACACCUUAAACUUCGCAAACAACAUCAGCAAACUAAAACUAAACCCAGAACACAAACUUCUCACGAUGGAUAUUAAAGAUCUAUAUGUAAACAUUCCAAUAAACGACGUAAUACACAUCACCAACGAUUCACUUAUCCAAAAUCAUAUAGACAAAACCACCAAAGACGAAAUUAUCACAAUCCUCCAAAUGAUAUUGAAUCAAAAUUAUUUCCAAUACAAUGAUAAAUUUUAUAAACCAAACUCGGGUGUAGCCAUGGGUUCCCCUUUAUCAAGUUUAAUGGCGGAAGUAUUCCUACAACACUUCGAACAAAGAAAGGUAAAACUUUUACUAGAAGAUAAACGCAUCAUCUACUACAACAGAUACGUAGAUGAUAUAAUUAUGAUUUAUAACCGAUCAAAAAUAACACCCCAAUACAUUUUAGAUCAAUUCAACAAGCAAAAUAAUAACUUGCAAUUCACACUAAAUGAAGAAGAUAAUAAUCAAAUAACGUACCUAGACUUACAACUAACUAACAACCACGGGCAAGUAAGAAUGGAGAUAUUUAGAAAACCCACAUCGACAGACACAACGAUAAACAAUAAAUCCUGCCAUCCCAAAGAACAAAAAUUGGCAGCAUACAAAAACUGGAUACAUAGAUUAUCCAUCCUACCUAUGGAUAACGCAGCAAAAAAUAAAGAAUUAAACAUAAUUAUUAAUAUCGCGGAAAACAAUGGUUACAAUAAAGAACUCAUCACACGUAUGUAUCAUAAACGUCAACAACAAAAAACAAAGGGCCCCAUUGAAAGAAGAGAACAGAAAUGGGUUUCCUACACAUAUAACGGAAACUACACAAGAAAAAUUACGAAACUAUUCAAAAACACGAACGUAAGGAUAGCUUUUAAAGUAAAUCAUACAUUAGGUAAAAUACUAAACCAAAAACAAAGCAUAAAUUCUUACGAACAAAGCGGCAUAUACAAAUUGACAUGCCAGGAGUGCCAACAGGUGUAUAUAGGUCAAACAGGCAGAAAAUUGAUAACACGCUAUAAUGAACAUAUAAGAAGUAUAAGAUUCAAUAAAAAUGACUCAGCUUAUGCUCAACACAUCUUAAAUAGACAACAUCAAUACGGCCCAAUUUCGCAAAUCAUGGAACUGAUUGAAGUGGCAAGGAAAGGUAAAUUAAUGAAUAUAAAGGAAGAAUAUCAAAUUUACCGCCACUAUAGGGAAAACAAAUUAAUAGAUGAGCAGAAACAGGCAAAAGAGAUCAAUAACCAGAACAGCAUGUUCGACCUCAUUACUACUUGUAUAAACACACCCACCACCACGUCAUAACACACAAGGCCUUAAAUAACACUGACGUAGAUCACCCACUGCAGUACACAACACACAACGCGUAAGACACAUCCGACCAAAAGCAUACACAACCUCAAGUUGACGAUUCCCAUCACCGGGACGAAUCAACAAGAAGGAGCCAAAUUUUAUUUCAAAUGUUUUAAGCUUUUAAAUAUUUUAACAUUGACGGCUCAAUUUGAGAGCAUUCUUUGGAUGGAAUGCAAGAGG